AUGGAUUCAUUUAAAAGAAGACAAGAGGGGCCCCAGGGCUCUCUAUCUGCUCCCGGGGCCGCCCACCCUGCGCUAGGUAGCAACGGUGCAGUAGCUCAAGGGGGCUCACCAGGUGUAUAUGGAGGUCCUAAGCGUCAGCGCUUAUCUCCUAGUGGUUUAGGGGGUGAAGGAGAUGAGGGUGCCCCUAUGGAGGGGUCUCAGGGGCCUCGGGUGCUGCCUGUAUGUCUAUUAGUUUCUGAUAAUAUAGCAGGGGCCCUCAUAGGUAAAGGAGGUGCUACUGUAAGAGACCUUGAGCGCUCAACAGGGGCACGAAUUUUCGUGCAGCGCAAUGCUCUGGGCCCUCACGAGCUUGCUGCAGCAAAACAAGCGAUGUUAGAGACAGUGGGGCCCCCCCCUCAAGACCAGGCUCUUGAUGUAGCAAAGAUAGUUGCUAUAGGGGGACAGAAGGAAGAAGAAGUGCAUGCAGGGCUUGUAAAAGUCUUGCAGCUAAUAUCAUCUCACCCUUCUCAUAGCGGCAAGUCAGCAGCUUUGCUGCUCGUCCCUCAUCGCAGCGUCGGGGGUAUUGUAGGACAGAGGGGUAGAGCGAUUGAAGAGCUCAGCCAGAAGACACAGACACAGAUUCGAGUUGUUCCUGGUGUAGCAGCAGCAAGCGGAGAUAGGGCCCUUUGUAUAACGGGUCAGAUGGAUGAGCAUGUUGCGGCAGCAGUGCAGCUUGUGCUGCAGCAGCUGCAGCAAAUGCUUGCUUCAGGCAGACUCUCGAAGCAAGACUUUGAUUACCUUAUUACUAUUUCUUCUACUGCUCAACCAAAAGCUCUUAGGGGCCCCAGAGGAGCGAUGGGGGCCCUACCUGGGGGCCCCCUCCCAGGGGGCCUCCCUGUGGGUGGUGCAUCACCAGCAGGACCGGGCGGCUUCUUUGGAGUAGGGGGCCCCUCGUGGGGCCCCACAGGUGGAGGGGGGGGCCCCCAGGGGGCCCCCAGCCCAGGGGUUCAGGGGGGCAGCGGCUAUAGAUUUGUAGCAAGCGUUGAGAGCUGCGGGGGCCUCAGCUGCACCUCUGUCUUAUGCUUUGUUAUACCUCAGAGACUUGCUGCUUGGGUUGUGGGGCCGCAGGGCUCUCAUGUUAGAGCAGUUAGAGAGGAGACAGGGGCUCAAGUGCAGGUGUUAGAUGAAGUAUCAGGGUUUACAGGUGAAGAUGCAAGAGCACUAUUAAGAGGGCCCCAAGGGGGGGGCCCCUCUGGGGGCCCCUCUGAAGGCUCUGAUGGAGGAGAGAGAUUCUGUAUGGUUUCAGGGCCCCUACAAUCUGUCUGCGGGGCUGUGCUGCGCUUGGGGCUUCCGCUGCAGGAGAAGCUGCAGCAGCAGCAUCAGCCGCUGAGGCUGCUUAUACCCUCUCGUUUUGUUAGCCCUUUGAUAGGCAGCAAGGGCACAGUUAUAAGAGAUAUGCAGCAGAAGUCAGGUGCUCUCAUUCAAAUAUCUAAGACCCUAGGGGGCCCUGAGGGUGGUUCUCAAGGGGGCCCCCAGGGUGGUGCUCCCACAUGGGGCGACCAGCAGCAGCAGCAGCAGCAAGGACCAGGCAGCAACAACAAGAUGCUGUCUCCUCGCGAGCAGCACAGAGUUAUCUCUUUUGAGGGCCCUUCUGCAGCAAGACUUGUUGCUCUAGCUCUUGUCUGGCAGCGUAUUCUCAGCGUAGAGUAUCAAGAGCUGUCUAGAGACGGGGCCCCCCUUAUCUGUCCCUCAUCUUUAGCAGAAGAUCUGCAGCAGCAAGGCUAUGAUACGAGCAAGAUUAUGCUGCCUCCUCCUCCAGCCAGAAUUCAGCAGCAGCAGCAGCAGCAGCAGCAGUUCGGAGCCCCUGAAGGUGGGGCCCCCUAUUAUGAUGGGGCCUCACCUACAGGGGGGGCCCCCUGGGGGCCCCCUCAGCAAGACCCUAUGAGCGGAGGCCAACGACCUUGGGGUAGCCCAGAUGAUGCAGCAGCAGCAGCAGCAGCAGCAGCAGGAGGGUGGGGGCCCCCCUCAGGGCCUCAUGAUGCAGGGGCCCCCUCAAUGGAGCAGCUAGAGGGUUUUCUUAGAGGCUUCUGUGCUCGUGUCGGCCAGGUACAAGAUUUGGGGGCUCUAGGAGAAAGACAGACAAUAAGAUUGCUGCUGUCUGUUGAGCAAGGAGAGGCUUUGCUGCGCAGAGACAGUCUUAGCAACGGCAGGUACGGGGGGCCCCCUAAUGCAGCAGCAGGGGCCCCCAAUGCUCUCGAUAGGAUCAGCGAGGUAACAGGCUGUCAUGUACGCUGCUUUAGCAGCGCUCAGGGCCCCCCUAAUGGAGGCCCCCAGCAGCAGCAAAUGGUGUUGAUGUUUACAGGGUCUCCUGCUGCUAAUAGUAUUGCAGUAAUGCUUACUCAGGCGCGGCUGCUGCAGCCUUAA